GCAGCUGAGGCCACAGGAAACCAGCCAGGGAGCAGACCCAGGGCUGGAAUACACGGAACUCAGGCCUGGCGCCCGCCUGCCGGCCACUGGUGCUCCAGCGGGUGGCAAGGUCUGCAUCUGCCAGGCCCAUGGCGGCUUCCACAGCUCUGUCAGCAGUGGCAGCGGUGGCGACACUGUCGGGCCUGGCAGUGCGACUGUCACGCUCUGCAGCGACCCGGGGCUCUUACUGCGUCUUCUGCAAGGGGCUCACACGCACGCUUCUCACCUUCUUUGAUCUGGCCUGGAGGCUGCGCAUGAACUUCCCCUAUUUCUACAUCGUGGCCUCGGUGAUGCUCAACGUCCGCCUGCAAGUGCGGAUCGAGUGAGCGCCUGUGGCCACAGCGACCCACAAGAGGGUCCUGGGCCAGCCCGCCUGCCCGUGCGUCCACCCGCCCGCAGGGAGGACAGCGCAACCGCCCAGAUCUCCCGGAGGCGGUACGGAAAGGAGGCGGGGCGGCCCAGACCUCUGGACCCUUGAGCUCUGCGAAAGGACGCUGGCCACUGAGCCACCUAAAGCCAGACCCAGGCGUAACCUGCGCGCACCCGUCGUGUCCAGUGCUGGAUUGCACAAAAACUCAGAAUACGGGCCGUGACUUUGCGUUCAAGGACGUUACCGACCUGUUGCCUUAUGUUGGCAAAAGGGGGAAACCAGAAAGAAGAAAUGCUGCGGCAGCAGGGGCAUGCUUUGACUGGCCUGACCAUAAAGGAAUUGGUGUCUGUAGCUGGUGACUCGCCCCUUCUCUGGCCUCAUCAAGAGUCGAGCCUCUGCCCACCAGCCAACCUUGGCCCUAGAACUUCCUGGUAGCAGCAGGGUGAAGGGGUUGGCUGAGGAGGAGAUGAAGGGCCUUGCAGGCAGAGGCCCCAAGAGGCUUGGCUUCCUGACACCCAGGAUCACACGGGAGACACCUCUGGAUGGGCUUGGAGUGGUCCUGGAGGCCCAGGUGUGCUACUGACAGGUGUUCCAGCAUGGGCAGGAGCAGCCCAGAGGGGAGCCAGGAGAGACCACGGCCCUCACCACCCACCCCCAGUCCCACAUCUGCUGUGACUGGUUGCUCUGGGCCCAAGUACUCAGAGAUCGUGGGACCAAAAACCCACAGCAGUGGGGUCAGCCCCAGGCCCGGAGUGGCCCAAUGCCACCGCAUCUGCCCCACUCAACUGCCCAGCUGGAGUCUGGGUCCUGGGGGAAUUACUCCUCCUGGCUCACCCCAGGGACUGGGGACUGAGGCUGGACCAAGGCUCCCACAU